AGCCCGCCCAGCCGCUCCGGCCGCUCUUUCCGCCCUUCUCGCUGCUCCGCUGGGACGCGGGCGCACAGCGGGGGUCUCUCCAAGAUGGCGGCGCAGAGGAGGAAUCUGCUGCAGAGUGUGAGGAACCGACUCGCUCUCCGGGAGCAGCAGCCAAGCUGGACGGAUGACCUGCCACUCUGCCACCUCUCCGGGGUUGGCUCUGCUUCCAACCGCAGCUACUCCGCUGAUGGCAAGGACACCGAGAGCCACCCUCCAGAGGACGGCUGGCUCAAGUUCAGGAGUGAGAACAAUUGUUUCCUAUAUGGGGUCUUCAAUGGCUACGAUGGCAAUCGGGUGACCAACUUUGUUGCCCAGCGGUUGUCUGCGGAGCUCCUGCUGGGCCAGCUCAACACUGAGCACACAGAGGCUGAUGUGCGGCGAGUGCUGUUGCAGGCUUUCGAUGUGGUAGAGAGGAGCUUCCUGGAAUCCAUAGAUGACGCCUUGGCUGAGAAGGCAAGCCUGCAGUCCCAGCUGCCCGAGGGUCUCCCUCAGCACCAACUGCCUCAACAGUAUCAGAAGAUCCUGGAGAGACUGAAAGUGCUGGAGAGGGAGAUCUCAGGCGGGGCCAUGGCUGUCGUGGCGGUCCUUCUCAACAGCAAGCUUUACGUUGCCAAUGUCGGUACAAACCGGGCACUUCUGUGCAAGUCUACAGUAGACGGACUGCAGGUGACUCAGCUGAACAUGGACCACACAACCGAGAAUGAGGAUGAGCUCUUCCGCCUGUCACAGCUGGGUUUGGAUGCAGGAAAAAUCAAGCAGGUGGGAAUCAUCUGUGGGCAAGAAAGCACUAGGCGCAUUGGGGACUACAAGGUCAAGUAUGGCUACACCGACAUUGACCUUCUCAGUGCCGCCAAGUCCAAACCGAUUAUCGCGGAGCCAGAAAUCCACGGUGCACAGCCUCUGGAUGGGGUGACCGGCUUCCUGGUGCUGAUGUCUGAGGGGCUGUACAAGGCCCUGGAGGCCGCCCAUGGGCCAGGGCAGGCCAACCAGGAGAUCGCCGCAAUGAUUGACACUGAGUUUGCCAAGCAGACCUCCAUGGAUGCAGUGGCCCAGGCCGUGGUGGACCGGGUGAAGCGCAUCCACAGUGACACCUUUGCCAGUGGCGGGGAGCGUGCCAAGUUCUGUGUACGGCACGAGGACAUGACUCUGCUGGUGCGGAACUUUGGCUACCCACUGGGGGAAAUGAGCCAGCCCACGCCAAGCCCGGCCCCAGCUUCGGGGGGCCGUGUGUACCCCGUGUCGGUGCCCUACUCAGGCGCCCAGAGCACCAGCAAGACCAGCGUGACCCUCUCCCUCGUCAUGCCCUCUCAGGGCCAGAUGGUCAAUGGUGCCCACAGUGCUUCCACCCUGGAUGAAGCCACCCCUACCCUCACCAACCAGAGCCCCACACUGACCCUGCAGUCCACCAACACGCACACCCAGAGCAGCAGCUCCAGCUCUGAUGGGGGCCUGUUCCGCGCCCGGCCAGCCCACUCACUGCCACCUGGUGAGGACGGCCGCGUCGAGCCCUAUGUGGACUUCACAGAGUUCUACCGCCUCUGGAGCAUGGACCAUGGCGAGCAGAGUGUGAUGACGGCGCCGUAGCCACAGGGAGGGAGUGUGGCCCGAGUUGGACUCUGUGCAGGACAAGCCUACUUUCCUGACUUCUGCCUGUGCCAUGGAGACCUGGUGGGCCUAUUUGUCCACACCUGGCCACGACACAGGACAGGAGGCCACCCGUGGGCAGUCUCAGGCCCUGAUCAUUCCUCAGAACAAGGGCCCACAUAUGGAAGCUGGGCUAGCCUGCCAGCCAAGAGUUCCUUCAAUCACAUGCAGCAGAGUGGAACAGGCCAUCCUGGGGACCCAAGUGCCACAGGCCCAAUAGACGCUGCUCUCUCAAGGCCACCCCUGCCUGCUGCUGUCUUACCUGAAAUGGCCUGUGGCUGCUUCUCACACCCUCACCUCUGGACAGCAAUUUCCCUUCCAGCCUCUCUGCCCCAAGAUUCUGGCUUCACAGUAGAACCCAGAUAGGCCUUGUCCCUGUCCCUGUUCAGUCACGAUGUCCAGGAGGCCAGGGAAUGGGUUGGCCUCUGAGAUGGCCACAGGGGAGCAGGUCAGAUGAAAAGGACAAGACAAGGGGUGGCCGGCAGCGCUGGCGAGUGAGGGGUGCUCAGCUGCAAAAAGGAUGGGGCUCCUGGAGCACAGCUGCCCUGCAAGGGCGAGGGCUUUCUUGAUCCGUGUCAUGUUUACAAGCGUGCAAGCGAGGAUUGGGCUGGCCAGGCCCUGAGUGGACCAUUUGUCCUGUCCUUUGCUUUCAGUGGAGAGGGGCCAUCAGAGCCACUGAUGGUUUGCUGCUCCCACUUUCAGAGGACACGGGUCCAGGACACUUGCUCCUUGCCCAGGUCUCACUGUGUUCACGUGACACAUAAGCCAGCGCUCACACCUGUGGCCUUCUCAUCAGUACCGCGCUUGCUGGAUUCUGCCCCAGCCACCCUGACCUACUUUGUCCCUCUGCAGAGUCACAGGCCCCUGCUUACCCCUCAGUCUCAGAAUGCACUUCCCUGUUGCAGAGCUGCGCUCUUGUGGCGAAGUCACAGCAUGAGCAAGGAAAAGCAGGUCCUGCUUGCGGGCUCCAGGUGCCCUCCACUGUGAGGCCACCUUGUCCUGCCACAAAGGCUCAGGAACGGGGGUUCUCCAGGAAUGGCUCUGAUGCUGUGUGGUCUCUAAAAUAGAAUCCUGUUUUUAAUGCAGUGAAGUCGUACGUGGCAGUGUUAGGCGUGGUAGUGAUAAUGCCGUAACACUUGCACGGAGCAGUAUCCUGGGAGGCAGCCAUCUCUUGCUUUGCUUGGGAGGUUGAAGAACAAGGUCAUCAAGCUGGUAGGUGGCUCCUGGCAGUGUCCCUGCUGCUACCCUUACCACACAAGGGGCAGCACAGGAGCCUUGCCCCUUCUGCAACCUGCCUGUGGCCCACAGUCACAGGGGGCACCAGGUCCCCUGUCCGUGCACAGUGGCAGGGCUGUCAUGCUGCCCCUUGCUUCCUGAGCAAGUUGGUGGUGCCAUGACUACCCAAGGCUCGGGUCCCCUGGGUGGGUGCCUUGCCCUCUCCCUGCUAGCCUUCUGUAUUUGGCUGCCUGUGAUUAAAGGAUGUUCUAUGAAUAGUAGGCCAUAGCACUGCCCUUCCUGGUGUCACCCUGCUAGGAGCAUUGGAUCAAACCCAAGCACCACCUCCGCUUGGAAACAAGCCAGGCGCUAUUUGGCGCAGUCCACGGGUCACUGAUAUCCCUUCCCUUGUGCUAGGUGGAGACACUCAGCAGAGGGCUCUGCCUUUCAUACUGCCUUUCAGGAUAUGUCCCCUCUUCAUUCUCCAGCCAUGCCCUAAAGUGUCCUGAUGCCCACCACAGCCCCUAAAUACCUAUGGAGCGGGGUGACACCCAGCCCCCCCCCCCAAGGGCACACAGCAUCCUAUGAGAUCUCACUGACACAAGCAGGCUUAGGUAUGGUCCUAGUAGCCACCAUCCAACCCCUAGGACCUCAGCUUCUCCCAGUGUCUGCUCUGUCUUAGCUAUGGGGGUGGGGGGGGUGUGCACCAGGCCUGGUUUUGUGUCCCCUGUCCUUGGUCUUGGUAUCACCUAGCCCUGUGCACCUAUUGUGGCAACAGGUAGAACACCA